GUCGGACAAGCAGCACGUACAUGUUCCGCGAACUCUGGAUGAUGCCAAAGAGCUGGGCCGCGUGCUGUCCAUGUACACCGACACUCACUUUCCACAGGUGGUCGUUGGAUACGCCUGCGUCUACGUCUUCUUGCAAGCAUUCGCCAUUCCCGGCUCAAUAUUCCUCAGCGUUCUGUCGGGUUACUUAUUCCCAUUUCCACUGGCACUCUUCCUAGUGUGUCUGUGCUCCGCAUGUGGUGCUUCAGCAUGCUACCUUCUAUCAUACCUCGUUCUCGGUAGCGAGUUUGUGUCUCAAUAUCUGCCGUCAAAAAUCGAGUACUGGAAAGCACAGAUUUCCCACUAUGGCUGGGUGGAGCUGCUGAGUACGUUGGUAUUCCUGCGCAUCACUCCGUUCCUUCCCAACUGGUCAAUCAACAUUGCCUCGCCGGUGAUUGGAUUCCCGCUGUCCAUCUUCUUCCUGGGCACGUUUAUUGGGGUUGCACCGCCCAGCGCACUGGCCGUGAUGUCCGGUACACAGCUGUACGAGCUCACCAGUGCCACCGAACUGCUGACGCUCCGCGCCGUGGGCCUGAUCGGCCUGAUCGCCGUCAUGGCGCUCAUGCCAAUGGCGUUCAAGCGGCUGCUCGGCAGCCGAGUCACGGAGCAGCGCGACCUGCAGGACUGAGACCUGUGUGCCGUCAGUCUCUUGCUCGGUCUGGCCUGGGUGCGUCUUGGUUCUAGUUACUCACGUCUUGCUCCCACCGUGAAGCCAGCGGACAAUCUACAGGAUAAAUAGCUGUGUGCCGUCAGUCUCGUAAGAUGUUGCUCGGUGCGGCCUGGGUGCUUCUUGGCUCUUCUUACUCACGUGUUGUACUGUGAAGCCAGCGGACAAUGUAUCAAAAGCUACGUGCUUGAACUCACAUGGAGGAUAUGUUCGUGUAUAACAGUGUGAACAGAUCUUCCUGUGCCAACAUGGCCAAUUCCAUGUUUGGUAUGUAUAGUUUGAAGCCAUGCUGGCGUCUCGCCUGAUGUUGAUGCUUUCCUGUGUUAUCUGUUUCAAUACUCCCAAAUUAGCAGUUUUAUCGAUGUUGCUUAGGUGAAAAAGUGUGUGUGUGUGUGUGCAUGCAUGUGUGUGUGUGUGUGUGUGUGUGUGCGCGUGCGCACGCGCACGCGUGUGAGUGUGUGUGUGUGUUGAUCUUUCCAAACCCCCUUUUUUUAGUUCUUUCACCGCACAUUAUUUAUCCUAACUGUACCUUGGCAUUCUUGGUGGAUGACACACUGAGCCUUUAUAUCAUACUUUAA